UCAAAGCAGCUUGAUCUCGGGAUCCGAUCCACCCGGGAUCCGAAAACCGGGCGCCGGAGGCGGCAAACAAAUGGCCUAAGAUGGCGGCGGAGUGGCUGCAUUUGGGAUCGGACAGCGGCACUGGUGAUGCCAAUGUUCCUGAAGACUUGGAGGAGGCGGUCGAGGUGGAGAAGACUUGGAUCGUCCAGCACUUGGCACCUUUGCGGGAGCAGCGCGAGAAAGCCUCCAGCUGCUCGCUGCUUCGGCCCAGCCGAUGCGAGUCUAUGCGUUCGGCGCCCAACCUGCGGUGGGGCAGUCCGGACUUGGCAUCCGGGGUCCAGCAGUAUCCGCAGAGCCUGAGGGAGGAGGGCAUGCGAGGCUUGCCGGUGCAAGACGUGCAGACCUCCCUGGCGGUGCCGCAGCUGGGCAGGUCCGUGCAGUCGGUGAUGGAGGUGGUCCGGGCGGAGCGGGCGCGGCGCUUGGCGGAAGAGGAGCACCUGGCGGCGCUGGCGAAGGCGGCGGCGGAGUCUGCGCUGAGGAAGGCAGAGCCUCAACCGCCAGCGUCGCCAGCGGCAGAGCCCGAGGUGGACAGCCCCCGCUUCCCGCCGCUGCCAAAAAGCCCACGCAAGCCUUCACUGCUGGACCACCUCCUGACGCAACAGGUGCUCAAUGAGUCUUCCCUGCGCUCGCCGGCGAACUCCAGCCCCGGCCGCACACGGCGACCUUCUGACCCCUGUGGGUUGGAAGUGGUCCGGGAGUGCCCGAGUCAGGAGUGCCCUGAGCUGCCGCGGGUGGCUGACCUGGAUGCCAAGGUGAAGCUGGACACCUUGCUGGCAAACCGCCGCGCGCAAAGGACCAGCUCCCCCUGCGCGGUCUCGGCAUACUUGCUCAAGGACCGACUUUCGCUGGGCUGCCGAAUCUCGCGCAGCGUCACCGGCGGGUACAAAGGACAAGCCGAGCCGGCGCAAGUGCGACACUGCAUUUGGUGCCGGUCUCCGCUUCCUUGCGCGGCUGUGGGUCGCGACGGCCUGGUCUUCUGCCCGAAUUGCCGCCACAGCUUCGACCCGACCCGCGCCAAGCCGAUUCUGCUGGGUGGGACCUUCUGACCAGCUGACAAGCUGUGGUUGUCAAAACCGUUUUGGGAUUCCAUUCUGUUG